UCCACUUGCGAAGAGCAACAGGUCCAAAUCCUGUAAGUCCACGGCAGUUAGAAGCCUGUGGUGGUUGUGAGGAAGGCCCGAAAAAAAGACCUAUUGAUCGAUUGAGCCUAUUUCUGCACAAAGUGGAGGACGAUGUUUCGGACAGCUGUGGAGCAUGCCAAAAGGCAUCCUGGUCUAAUACCCCAGUUUUUCUUUAUCUGUCUGGGAAUGGGUGGAGCAUCUCUAUAUCUUAUCCGGCUGGCCAGAGGACCCCAUGUGACCUGGAACAAGACUGAGAAUCCUGAACCAUGGAACAAACUGGACCCCACAUACCAGUACAAGUUCGUGGCCAUUACCACAGACUAUAAAAACCUGAAGAAGGAGGGACCUGACUUCUGAAUCCCACAAAAUCAAAGAAGAUCCUGAUCUGGGUUGAGAUUCACUCUGUUUUUCCCCUUUGACCUGAACAAUGCAGGUGGAAGGUGAAAGAGAUCCUAGAUCAGAAUGAGUACAAGACCUUUUAGUGUCUAUGAGCCUGUAUGAUUUUGCCAAGAUGCUACUGACCCGAUUAAUAUGAUUAAUGUUACUUAUGCAUAUAUAUAUAUUUAGCAUUUGUACACACUAACACGCUGACUCAGGAAGAGGCAUCAGAGCAUCAGAUAAAAGGUUUUGCAUGUUUUAGAAAAUUCCGCAUGGACAUAAAAUAUCACAUUAAAAAAUAUGAUAUUAACCAUUUUCUUCUGUUCAAUGCAGCAAUUCUAAUGCUUCCUGGCUAUUUGUAAUACUGCACGAAUAUUGUUGGGAAAAACAAAAGUAAAAACACACAUGCAAGUUUAGCUGUCACUAACUUCAACAGUUACUGUGUCAGAGGAGGAAAACUGCAGACGUGCAUUAACAAGCCUGGGAUCUCUCAAUAAACAAAAUGCCUGA